UUUGGGAUCAUCAAUGUCAAAGUAAGACGACCAUAUGCUGCUCCCUCAAAGAAACGAAAGUUACCGGGCCCAUCUAAAGCAAUCAAAACUACAAAUACUAUCACCGGUCAUUAUUUUAAUUUAAUCGCAAGCACUCUUGAUGUUUUGGAUAUGCAUGAGUAAUCCAAGAAUUUUUACGUCGUCCCAAUUCACAGGUAUGAACGAGAUCGGACACUGAGUCCAUGUAGACAGUUCUAAUUUUUGUAGUUUACUGUGUAUAGAGUGAUUUUCAGGGCUUUUGUCGUUGUUCUGAUUCGAAUGGAGAUACGUUUAAUAAGGAAUCUCUUUAAUGUAAUAGUACCAAUAAAAAUUUCUUGUAGAUUGUGUUGAACUAGAUUUUGAUGAGUGCCAAUAUGAGUGUCUGUCGCUUGUAUUAUGUUAAAGGUCCAUGCAUCAUAAACUACUGGGAACCUUUUAAUAUUAUUUUUGAAAUAAAAGCAUUAUAUAGUGCAUAUAUGCUAUUAGUGUCAACAGAAAGAGGAGACUUCUGUCUUUCUUCUAGUAUAUACUAUAUAGCACUUUGCUUAAUAAAUAGAUGGUCAGUUAUUGCGAAUUUGCAUAAAUUACUUAAAA